CCCCUCCCCAGCCCCAGGCUGCCGGGGGGCUGUGGGGAUGCCCAUUGGGCUGGGCUCUUCUCUCCCCCCAGUGCCACCACCAGCAGCGAUGCGGCGGUGGUGUGGGAACCCUCAUCCAGCGGCCGCCCUCUGCUCCUCCAGCCCCUGCUCCCUGCCUUUGUUCAGCUUCACCCUUCCUCCGGUAGCUCUCGCUGUGCUGGCCGCAGACUUCCUUUAGGUCAGCCCAGCUGCGGCCGCAGAACAGUUCGUGGGCGAGUGGCAAACGCAUCGGUGGCCCUGGUUGCCCCGCGGGAGAGAAAUGCCAGCCAGGGGCUGAUGGCUCGCCCAGUCCAGCAGUCAGAGUCUCCAGGAAUGCCAAGGAAGUGUCUCCAGGAGAUCAGAGGAGGCAGAAGAUGGAGUUACAAACAUUGUGUCUGUAGCUGAGGUGAAAGGAGGCUGAGAAAUGAAGAAGACCAUGCGCUCCUUGUUGGCCUAGAGCUGGCACACAGCGGCAGUGCCCUUUCCCCCGUGAGGAAUAAAAUGCAUCCAUUAAAGUACAAAAAGUACACUUUGAUGUGCGUGUCCUGAUGGUUUUUGUACCCUCCCAGGCAGUCCGUCCCCAUCACUCCACGGAUUUGUGGUGCUACCACGCUGGGCACAACGCUCUGCCACCAUGAGGGACUUGGUGAAGCGUGUGGUGCUGAAGACACACACGUGUCAGGAGUGCAGCAAGUCCUUCAGCAAGAAGGGCAACCUGAAGAGACACCAACGGAUCCACACGGCAGAGGAGCUCUUCACCUGCGGGGAGUGUGGGAGGCGUUUCACCACCCGGGGCCACCUCAUGACCCACCAGAGCAUCCACACGGGAGAGAGGCCUUUCCGCUGCGGGCAGUGCGGGCGCUGCUUCCGCCUGGAGAUAUGCCUGGCCGCCCACCAGAAGACACACGCCAAGGGUGGUCCCUACCUCUGCACCCGCUGUGGCAAGAGCCUGAGCACAAAGAUCUACUUCAACAUCCACAUGAGGACCCACACGGAGAAGAGGCCAUUCGCCUGCACUGAGUGUGGGAAGAGUUUUGUGAAGAAGGGGACGCUCACCACCCACAAGGAGAUCCAUAAGCGGGAGAAGCCCUUCAAGUGCCCUGACUGCAGUAGGUGCUUUGGGCAGAGCGCCACGCUGCUGACCCACCAGAAGAUACACCUUCGGGGGGGGCCUUUCAUAUGCACUGUGUGUGGGAAGAGCUUGAGCACCAAGCGGUACUUCAAUGUCCACCAGAGGAACCAUGCGAAGCAAAAGUCAUUCGAGGGGCACAUCAACGGUGUGUCUCUCCAGGUCAUCCAGAUUAAAGAGGAGUCUGACUUUGCCUUUAAGUCAGAAGAGAAUGUGUUGGAAUAUAUGCUUUAUGAAGGAGGUGGAGCCCAGGGGUGUAGUGCACCUAGAAACUCAUCUGAUCCAAAAAGUCCUCCUUGGAAAACCCAGACAAAGGAGGAACCAGAGCCACCCAGUAAUGACACAGAAAACAUUACUGCAAUAGCCUGCCAGAAACUUUACAUCAAGGAAGAGCCAGAAGAAAACAUGGACUAUAGAAAGCUCUUUGAUCCAGAGGUCCCAGUGAUGGCUUUAUCGGAAAGACAGGUUAAGAAGGAAGGAGAUGCUGAUGGGCAGCGUGACUGGGAAGUUCCUGUAGCAGCUAACAGGGUGCUCCAGGUGAAGGAAGAACCACAGGAAAGCAUCGAGUUUGGGAUCCACUGUGGGCAGAGGCCAAAACUCAGUGCCCUCCAGAGGAUCCAGAUUAAAGAGGAAGCUGGUGUGGAGGCUGACCGCCAGCAGUGCCAGAGCCCAAGGAGGAAGCCAAAGAAAUGCAAUCAGCCCACCAAAGAGGGGACACUGGAGACCCAGGAGAAAUCCACAUCCAAGAAGGAUCUCUCAUCAAAAGGAGCUCCCAAAGGUGAACGGAUAUUCCCCUGUCCCGAGUGCGGGAAGAGUUUCAAUCAGAAAUCAAACCUCACCAGGCACCGGAAGAUCCACACGAGCGAGGGGCCGUACAAGUGCAGUGAGUGCGGGGAGAGCUUCCGCAUGAACCGCAAGCUGAUCCGGCACCAGCGGCUCCACAUGAGCGAGCCGUUCAAAUGUGCCGAGUGCGGGAAGAGCUUCACCCAGCGAUCGAACCUGGUUCGGCACCAGAGGAUCCACACCAAGGAGGAGCCCUACCAGUGCCCUGAGUGCGAGAAGACCUUCAACCAGAAGGCCAAUCUCUUCCGGCACCAAACAAUCCACGUCCGCAUGGGGCCUUGCAAGUGCACCAAGUGCGGGAAGUGCUUCCCCCAGAAGCGCCAUCUCAUCAAACACCAGCUGCUCCACUCCCGAGGUGGGGCCUACAAGUGCGGGGCCUGCGGGAAGCGCUACCGGCUGAAGAAGUACCUGCGGAGGCACCAGAAGAUCCACACACGGGAAGGAACUGCCCCCCACAUGAAGCGUGGGGAGGCCAUGAGGACUGGUGGUGGGCCCCACCCUAUGGAGCAGGGAGCACUGGCCCCCAUGAAAAGCAAAGAGGAGAGCUGAGAGGGUCUGGGACCUGCUCCUGGGGGAAAGCCCUUUGGGAAACUGGGGAGACAAAGUCUGCCGGCCAUGUGUGUGGUACCACGGGGUGGGGUGGGUAACCUGAGGGGACAGCGAGGCUGAGGGGGAAGAGCCCUGACAGAAACCGAUCCCCUUCUGCUGUUUGUUGAGCAUGGCCCUUGGGGUAUCAUUUGCUCACCCUUUGUGGAAUGGGGCUGAAGAGCCAACCCUCUUCAGAUCACUUAGAAUCACAGAAUGACAGAAUGGUUUGGGUCGGAAGGGACCUCAAGGCCCAUCCAGUUCCAACACCUUCCACCAGCCCAGGUUGCCCCCAGCCUCAUCCAGCGUGGCCUUGGGCACUGCCAGGGCACUCCUCUGGGCAGCCUGGGCCAAGGCCUCGCCUCCCUCACAGGAAAGAAUUUCUUCCUAAUAUCUGAUCUAAAUAUACUUGGAGAUGGAGGGAUGAGAUCUUGGCAUCCUUGUAACUGGGAUGCUUGUGCCUCUAAAGCCUGCCAAAAUUAUGGAUGCCAAAAUUGUUUUGUGUGGACAUUGUGUAGCCAGGAGGACUGGGA